GGAAUUCAUACCUGAGGGGUCACUUGGCUGGGAAUUUGCACCUGAGGGAUCACUGGCUUCCAGAACAUCAGGUAAAAAAAAAGAAUUACUGAACUGCUGCUUUCGAGAGGAAAGAGAAAUUAUCACUGCAGCUGAACAUUAGCCAGCACAUACCCAGUAGGUUUGAAGGAAUUCUAAUUGUUGAGAGAUGGUUCUUUGAAGGCUUACUUAGCCCAAGAAGACAAGGUCCUCUAAGAAGAGUAAAAAGUGUACUUUAAAUAGACAUUCAGAAAUGUCUGCUGAUGCCAUUCCAUUACCUUGUAAUCAGCAGAAAUGUGUUGGAAAAAUACCCAUCAGUGACUUCACAAAAAAGCCACUCGCAGAAAGACAACCUACAGCUUUUCUAGAGGCAUGGGGAAAUGUAGAUGCAAGUUCAACUGAGAAAGUCAGAGGCCUGCCUGAUGUAGUUGCUCCUGAGGAAACAGGCAGCGGUGCAUGGAAGUACCUGACAGAACGGCAGCAAAAACAUCAUGAUCAAACAGUGACAGAAAUGCAGCAGGAGCUGGACUGCAUUGGCAGGGAGAUGGAAGCCUCUGUUUUGAAGCUUCAGGAAUUCCUUCAACUGAAAGUGAUGAAAUCAGAUGAAAAGAGUAAACUUCUGUUUGAAAAGAUUGCGUCUGACAUGGCUUUGGAAGGUUUCUCGUUUGAAGGUUUGGAAGAACUGUGGAAUAUGAUCUGCGAGGAAACCUCAAACAGAAAAAAGCAGAUUAGAGCAGUGGACAAAUCCUUAAAGGAGAUUGAAAGGAGUCGAGCCAUUAAAAUAGCAGAUGUACUGACCAAGUAUACUAUGAAACUCGAGGAAAUUUCCUUCUUGGCAGCUGAUGUUCACAAGAUCAUUAACAAUAAGGCCAUGAAUAUAAACAGAGCACUGCUGGAUAAUGAGAGGGCAACUGGCAAGCUACUCUUUAAUCUAAUGAAAUCAGAGCUUGAGAAAGAAAAAUUUCAUCAACUGAAAUGGCAAGGGAGAGUCAAGGACUGGAAGCUCAUCCAGAAAAACUAUGUAGUUCAGAGUUUCAGGGAAUUUAUGGCAAGCGAAGAAAUACAGAAUCCGCCAAGUGUGAAAUUAGAAAUGGAAAAUAUGAUAAAGGAGCAGAUUGUACUUAGUGAGCAGAGACUGAGGGUCUUGCAAUACAUUGGCACCUUAUUGCCUCCAACACAUACAAAAUCUGAUAUAAAUGAAUGGUACAGAACUCUGGAGAAUUUCAACAAAAGUAUAGACACCCAUAAUGUGGAGUGCAUGGAGAAAAUAAGCAUCCAGUAUGAGCUGGUCCAGGGCAAAUGUCAGGAGAAAGCGCAGAUGUGCAAGAUGACCCUUUUGGAUAUGAACGUUUGCACAGUAGAAGAGGUUGAAGUUGUGCAUUCCAGCAUGCUUCAGAUGACUGAGAAACUAAAACAUAGAUUUGAAGAAGAAGUGGAGCACAUGGAUAGUGAUUUUAAGGAGAUGGCUAAAUGGCAUGAAAAGCAUUGUCAAGGCUUGUACGGAUGUGUUCAGGAGGCCAUGGGUCUCUGGGAUGUCCAUCAACUCCAGCUGUCCCAGCAGGAAGAUGCACUUCAAAGAAAAAUAGAUGAAUGCAGAUGGGAAAAAGAUAACAUAAUACAGAUGACGAAAGAUGAUCUGGAUACAAUUUUAGAAAAAAUGAAAAUGGCGAACUGUGAAGAAGAGCUGAAGAAAUAUUUGGAGAACACCCUUUCUUCUUUAGAUCAAAUUAGAACAAGGAAUGAGACACUCAAGCAAAUUGUAAUGGAUGAAGUAAUGGCUUACCCAAAAGCCAUUUUGUGGGAAUUGAUUUCAUAUAGUAUAUCCAUCAGCCAGCAUUUUAGUGUGAAGCAAAUCGUCAAAGAGAACUUGCAAGGCACGAUAGACUUCAAAGUUCAAGAUCAGAAUAAUACCACAACAGUCCAAACAGCUUUAGGUCUUUUUGACGCUGUGGCGUCCAAAAGUGCCCCAGGGCUUGAGGAGAGCACAUCCCAGCCCAGAGCAGAGCAGGACAAUCACCUUUCUCAACUGGUGCCACAAGACAGGGACAGUUGUCAAAAAUCAGCUGGAGAAACAAAUCUAACAGAGAAACAGGUGAUCUUGGCACAGGAAAUUGAAGAAACAGAGGAAGAAGAACAUGAGGAGAGUAUUCCUUAUAAAAGUGAAGAAAAGGAGCAUGCAGAACAGGGACUAAGCAUUAUGCAGUCAGCAUCCAAGAGCAGUGAGGCAGAAAGUGCUGAAAUUACCAUGGAGGUUUUUUCCACUGCUAGUGGAAAUACUUACACUGGUCUUGGAGUUGAAGAGGCAGGAAAGGCUGACAUCACAGAGAGUUAUUUUACAAAAUAUGAAAAAGAAGAAUCACUUCCUAUGUACCUGAAAUAUGUACUUCUCACAGAAGCCAUGUUUGUCAAGCUGAAUAAAAGGAUUUGCCUCUGCUUUUUUGAACACUUAGAGAAAUGGUUUGCAGAAUCCUUGUCCAACUCCUGUGUCUUUGUUACUGCCAAGAAGGAGGAGCUGAAUUCAAUACUUCUACUGCAUCUUAGGUUUUAUCAACAAAAACAAGAGGAGAUACAGACAAAUAUCUACAAUGCUCGAGCUGCGGAACUGUCCCUUCACAAAAAGCAUCUUGAGUGCCACUGUGCCAUGCUGGCAGAAGGCCUGAAAAUGGAGAAAGCUGAAUUCCUCACAUUUUCGGACCAACUAAAUAACCUGAACACAAACUUUCAUUCCCGAGUCUGUAACUUGGAGUAUGACUUGCUCCACACUCCUGUGACUGAGCAGUCAGCUUCUUCCAGCAACAAUCUUGAAUCAGAACUCAGCAACUAUCUGGAAUCUAUCAGAAUUACUGUGAGAAGCUACCAGCAGCACUUGGAGGAAGCUUUAGGAAAAUUAAGGGAUUCAAAUGUGGAUUUUCUCAAAAGUUGUAGAUUAUUUUCAGAGAUUGGUGACUUUUCUUAUGAGGAGGUGAAGUUUUUCAACAAGUGUCUUCAGAAAGAAAGUAAGCAAAUUGAUUCAUUUGAAAGUUCAAUCAAGGCAGAUGUGGAGAAAAUAAAAUCGAGCUGCUUGGAACAGGCUACUGAACUUUUCAAGCAGUCUGAAAAAAAGUUUGCUUCUCUCUCUCUGAGUCGAGCCUUUAUGGAGAAGUUCCAUCAAUCUUUGAGAAAGCUACGACAGGAAAUCAAAUCAGAGGUAAUGAAUUCCAAUUUGCAGUCAGUCACAUUAAAGUCUUACCUGGAAGUGCUCCAGCAGAAGAGAGAUGCUUAUGUUCAUUCUACUGCAGAUAAAGAAGUAACUUCUAAUCAGCAUGGAAUGGCUUUAACUUCUGAAGAGUUAUAUGAUUUUGCCAGAGAGGUGUUGAAAGAGCUGAUAAAGAGGAGCAAGUAUCUUGACUGCUUCUUAAUAAAAGCAAAGAUCCCACAUACCACUGAGGACUUCAGCACUCCUGACACAGAUGGGACAUUGCAAGAGGACUUCACCACUCUUGAAAUGGAUGGGAGGUUACAAGAUUUCUUUGCUUCUGCUGUUCCAAAAGAGAGUCUCAGAGAUGAGAGCAAAAGGGUGGUGAUGGGACUGGAUUCUGAAAAAUUACCUUUGUUAAAUCCAAGUGGAAUGGAUAUAUCAAUAUUUGAUGAUUUGGCAAUAAGUGUUAUCAAAAAUUUAGCUGGAUUUGACCUAUCAAAAAAAUCCCAAGACCUAAAUCGAGGGACAAAUGAUACAGUAAAGAAGAAGUUAUCUGAUGCACAUUCUCAGAAGUAUACUAGCAAGAGGCCAUCUUGGGAUGAAACAAAAAAAAAAAAAAGUGAAAAAGGCAGAAAAUCUCUUACCAGGAAUGAGAGAUCCGAGAUACUUGGAGAGAAGCCUGCAAAGUCUGAUGCUUUUACAGGGAUUAUUAUGAAUAUUCUCUGGGAGGGUAACAACACCUUGCUCUGCCUUGGUGAGGAGUUCUAUAGAGAAAAGAAGAAUUCUCAGAUGGGAAUGCUUGAAGAUCUUCCAGACACAUUUGAACAUUGGGCAGAAAUGCUCAGACUGAAACUACUGUCAUACCAAAGGCAGACAGAUGAUUACUACAAUUUCUGUCUUAGAGAAUUUUGGGAUCAGCUGAAGUGGUUUGAAGAGGAACUCUCUUCUGUUUCCCAACUGGUUGUGGAAAGUCUUUUAAAAGAACAUGAGCAGAAACUCAACUCUUUUACUGGUCAUAUUCAGCAUCUCUUCAACAGACAGCUGAAAGAGUGGGAAGAUGUGAAGACUAUGCACUGGAGAAAAUUACAUUACUCCCUAGGACACCCAAAUAACUCUCUUCAACUGGAGGCUUUGUGCCAAGAGGAAAUAAAAAGGCAAAAAGAUCAAACGGAUGGUGUUCACCUCAACACAAAGAUGCUGCAGGAUUCUACUGCUGAAUGUGCUCAGAGCUUUUUUUCUGCACUGGCUGCCCUCACUGAAAAGCUCCUCUUGGAACUAGAUGAAACCAUCACUGUCGAUGAUGUAAAAAUAUCAGGAACUGAAAUAACUACGGAGAAGAUUUCGACUUUAAAGCAUCAUAAACAAGCUGGACUUCCUCUAGGAACCUCCAAAUUUCAACAGUUAGUCAAACGAGGAAGGAGGUCUUGGCCAGGAUUACCCGAGACUACUCUUCCUGACUCUCCAGACUAUACUCUUUGCAGAGGAACUGCAUCAGUUUCAACAGCUAAGACUACCCUGGGCCAUCUGGCAGUGAUGGAUGCAAGAGAAGCUGCAUAUAAGAAAUACAAAAGUAAAGUUGAGCAGAUGUUUGCCCUGAUCAAGGAAGAAAGUGCAGCUCAGCUAUUGGCAAUUCAGCGCUGGAAUGAUUGGUGGGAAGAAUCUGUCCAGAAGAUAAAGCGACUCUACGUCUGAGAUCUGUCAAAUUUUGCUGAGCUUUGUUGGUGUAAAUUGACACGUUUGUAUGAAUGUCACUGAUGUUUUUCUUUUAUCUUAGGAAUCUGUUGCAUUGAAAGAAACUACUUUUUGCCUUUUUGUUUGUUUUGCCAUGUUAUCACUGUUGUUUUCUCAUAUGCAGCCUUAAGAGUACUACUAUACUCAUCUUUACAAUUUACAUAACCACCUGGUUUGACUUACA